UUCCCUUUCUACUUAGAACCACUACAUUUUGGAGUCUUUCGCUUUAUACCAACUCCCUAGCUGAAGUUUCGAGCAUCCUGAUAGGUUUCUUUGCCAAGCCAUUGUGGCGUAAUCCUAAUUUCCCUUUCAGUUCCUUGAUCCUUAUAUCUCUCCGCCAUCAGCCGUCCCAUCCUCGCCGCAACCUCUUUUCCCUCAAGCUUUACUUUGAAUCAAAUCAAUUGAUACAGCUCCUCCAGUCGAGUGUCUUUCAUCAUGGCCACUGCUGCUGUCGAACCCGCUCCCACAACCACCGAACCCACCGAAAAGAUUCUUCUAGUACCUUCAGCAGCUAAUGAUGCUUCGUCUGAAGCUCAGAUCAGCACUGUAGACUCCAAGUCCAUACGCGAAGGCAACGUCCCCCCCAGUCCCGAAGAGAAUGUUCCCGUCACGAAGCCGUUCGAGCACCCAGAACCAGCCUGCAAGCCCGCUGCUCCCGUAACCCUCACUACAGAUCAACAAUCCAAAUAUGACGAGCUUCUCAAGACUGCAAAGUCAUGGGAAACUCUCCCGAAGACUUCUACGAAGAAUGCAGAACAAACGCCGAUUCUAGAUGAGGAGCGGAUGUGGCUGACCCGCGAAUGUCUCCUCCGAUACCUGCGGGCUUCGAAAUGGCAUCUCGCGCAAGCGACUACCCGCCUCCACUCAACCCUCAUCUGGCGCCGUGAAUACGGCACAGACACAUUCACCGCAGACUAUAUAUCGGAGGAAAACGCUACAGGCAAGCAAGUCAUACUCGGAUACGAUAACGAAGGAAGGCCGUGUCUGUACCUGCUUCCAAACAAGCAGAACACAAAAAACAGCCCAAAGCAGGUCGAGCAUUUGGUAUUUAUGCUAGAGAGGACAUUAGAGAUUACACCGCCCGGACAAGAGACCCUUGCCUUACUCGUUGAUUUCCGGAACUCGAGCGCUGGGUCGAAUCCCUCGGUUGGCACGGGGCGACAGGUUUUGAAUAUUCUCCAGAACCACUAUCCGGAGCGGUUAGGGAGGGCGCUGAUUACGCAUCUGCCCUGGUACGUAACCACCUUUCUCAAGCUUAUUUCUCCCUUCAUUGACCCUGUCACCAAAACCAAAAUGCGUUACAACGAGCCCCUCACCGACCACAUCCCUGCGUCCCAACUCAUGAAGAACGCUGGUGGUGACGUUGAUUUCGAAUACAACCAUGAGGUUUACUGGCCAACUCUAAACGCGCUUGCGGAUGAGCGAAGAAAGGCGAGGAAGGCAAGAUGGGAAAGUGCGGGAAAAUGCAUCGGAGAGAGCGAGAUCUAUUUGUGGGGUGGUGGAGAGAAGAGUGUCGGGGCUAUGGACGAGGAGGUUAUAGAGGCUGUGCAGGGUUUGGCUGUUAAGGAAGGGGAAGGACAGGAGACGAAGGCAGAGUCCUGAUGAGGAAGGCUAGUUGAUCUCUGUCUUGGGGGUGCAGGUAAUGUGGUGGAGGUACACGCGAUUAUAUUGCUCAUUCUGAAGAGCAAGAUUUUCCAAUAGGAAGGGCUCGAUAUGUCGCCGCUUUCCUGCCUUCAAGCAGUUGGACAUGGUCUAGUUGCAUAGAG